AUGACGGACCAGGCCAAGGCCGUCAGCCCGCUCAAGAACCUGCUGGCCGGCGGCUUCGGCGGCAUGUGCCUGGUGUUCGUGGGGCACCCGCUGGACACGGUCAAGGUCCGACUGCAGACGCAGCCCCCGAGUUCGCCUGGGCAGCCUCCCAUGUAUUCUGGGACCUUUGACUGCUUCCAGAAGACUCUUAUGAGAGAGGGCCUCAGGGGGCUGUAUCGGGGGAUGGCUGCCCCCAUCAUUGGGGUCACCCCCAUGUUCGCCGUGUGCUUCUUCGGCUUUGGUUUGGGGAAGAAACUGCAACAGAAACACCCGGAAGACGUGCUCAGCUACCCCCAACUGUUUGCAGCUGGGAUGCUGUCUGGCGUCUUCACCACCGGGAUCAUGACCCCUGGAGAAAGGAUCAAGUGCCUGUUACAGAUCCAGGCUUCCUCCGGGGAAACCAAGUACACCGGCGCCCUGGACUGUGCGAAGAAGGUGUACCAGGAGUCUGGCAUCCGCGGCAUCUACAAGGGCACGGUGCUGACCCUCAUGCGAGACGUUCCAGCCAGUGGGAUGUAUUUCAUGACAUACGAGUGGCUGAAAAAUAUCUUAACUCCGGAGGGAAAGAGCGUCAGUGAGCUCAGCGUGCCCCGGAUCCUGGUGGCUGGGGGCGUCGCUGGGAUCUUCAACUGGGUGGUGGCCAUCCCCCCGGACGUGCUGAAGUCCCGCUUCCAGACUGCGCCUCCUGGGAAAUACCCCAACGGUUUCCGGGACGUGCUGACGGAGCUGGUCCAGCGCGAAGGGGUCACGUCCUUGUACAAGGGGUUCAACGCCGUGAUGAUCCGAGCCUUCCCAGCCAACGCGGCCUGUUUCCUUGGCUUUGAAGUUGCCAUGAAGAUCCUUAACUGGAUCACCCCCAACUUGUGA